UUAGUACGCCAAACGUUCGUGGUGACGUAAUGACGCUGACGUGCAGCUACAGACUGCGGCAGCCAUGAUGCUUGUGGGGAGUUGUUUGGCGCGCUGUUAUUCUAUGGUUGGGGAACGGGAACCUGGAGGCGGGACCGUCUGACUGGCUCCUCCGUACCCACCGGCGGCAUGUCCCGGCCUGAGAAAUUCCGCCUCACGUCGGGGAUUGGGGUGCAGCCCCCAGAGUCUCUAGUCAGACCCCAACGGGAACAGGACCCCAAUGAAAGUGAGGAUGACGUGGAGCUGUGUAUCACUUUGGACGAUCAGGAUUGCAAGGGGGAGGAGCACAGGAGGAAGAGGAAGCGUGGGAAGGAAGAUGAGGAAGAGCAGAAGGAAGCGGUGUGUGAUUUUGACGAGACAUUGGACCAGGCGCUGGAGGAUCGGGCCAAGCAGCACAACUUAACCGCCGUCAAUGUGCGCAACAUAAUCCAUGAAGUGAUCACCAAUGAGCACGUGGUGGCCAUGAUGAAAGCGGCUAUAACUGAGACUGAGGACAUGCCCAUGUUUGAGCCCAAAAUGACCCGCUCCAAGCUGAAGGAGGUGGUAGAGAAAGGGGUGGUCAUCCCUACGUGGAAUUUGUCUCCCAUCAAGAAAGUUUCGGAGGUCAAAGCCCCCCAGUUUGUGGACAUUCCCCUGGAGGAGGACGACUCCUCGGAUGAAGAGUAUCGGCCUGAGGAGGGAGAGGAAGAUGAAACUGCAGAAGAGAGCCUGCUGGAAAGCGACGUGGAGAGUACGGCUUCCUCACCUCGGGGCCACAAGCGCCCAAAGGUGUGCCACCUACCUGAGGCUGUAGGAAUGGAGGAGGAGGAUGAGAGUGUAGAAGGGCCGCAGGAGCCCCCGGAUACCCCUGGCUUUGCCAGGUAUGUCAGUGCAGAUGUGGUCCCCAUGGGGCCGCCGCCACCCCCAAAGUCCAAGCCCACACAGGACAGCACGUUCAUGGAGAAGCUACACGCUGUAGAUGCAGAGUUGGCCUUCAGCCCUAUGUGCAUGGAUUCCUACCAGUCACUGGAUGAGAGCCUCAUUGCUUUCCGCACGCGCUCUAAGAGACCCUUGAAGGAUGUUCCCAUUGGUCAGCUAGAGGCCAAGCUGAAGGCCCCCGACAUCACCCCCGAUAUGUACGAACAGAACACCGCCGAUGAUGAUGAAUGGAAGAAGUGGCUGCGCAGCCUGAUGGAAGAUGAUAUGGGGAAUGAAGAUGAAGGUGAUGAUGAGGACGACCCAGAGUACAACAUCCUGGAGGAUCUGGAUGAACCUGACACUGAAGAUCUACGGAAUGACCGGGCCGUUAGGAUAACAAAGAAAGAAGUCAGUGAGCUAAUGGAGGAGCUGUUUGAAACGUUUCAGGAUGAGAUGGGCUUCUCCCACGUGGAGGAGGAGGGGCCGGACGAGGACAGUAACCAGGAAGCGCUGCCCAAUUUCAAUACACCCCAAGCAAUCAGAUUUGAGGAGCCCCUUGCCAACCUACUGAAUGAGCAGCACCGCACAGUAAAGGCACAGCUUGAGUCUCUGAGGUUGAGAAAAUCCUUGAUGAAGCCCCAGUGCCAGGGUGCAGAUGAGUCCACACCCGCCCCUGAGGAACCCAAAGCCCCUCCCCCUGCCAAGGCUGCCCCAGUUAUGUUCCUCGAUGAGACACAGAGGCGGAGACUGCAGCAGCAGAUGCAGCAGCAUGUCCAGCUUCUGACCCAGAUGCACCUUCUGACCUGCCAGAACCACCAGCUGAGCCAGCAAGCGGACCUGUCACGUAUGUUUCUGGUGGAACUUUCCAGUUUUGCCGAGAAGUCCACCAUGCUCCGUCAGAUGGCCAACCCUGAGUUCCAGAGUGCCUUCCAACCCUGGAACCUUAAGGAAGCUCUGCAGCUGCUCCAUGACUUUCACCAGCAGCUCCCGGAAGAGGGGGCCCUGCCCAAGCCCCUCAAAAAGAAUGCCAGUGAGGCUGCCAGCUUACCCACGCACAUGGCAUGGAUCAUGGCUACCCGUCCUCUCUUUAUGUACCCUGAGCUGCUGCCCAUCUGUGCCCUGAAGGCUAAAGGACCUCGGGACAGGGUCUACUUCACUAAGGCUGAGGAUAAUUUGUUGGCCUUGGGUCUGAAGCAUUUUGAGGGGACGGACUAUUACAAACCCCUCAUCAGCAAGUACCUGGUAACGGGCAAGUCUGCCCAGCAGCUGACGGUGCGCAUAAAGAACCUGACCAUGAAGAAGACUCCAGAGAAUAUCAUUAAGUUUUACAAGAGGACAAAGCUGCUCCCAGUAAUGUUGAAGUUCUGUGAUGAUGCCCAGUCCCCGGGAGCCAAAGCCCCAGUGGAGAGGGAGAAACACCGGUUGCCAUUUUGGCUCAAGGCCAACCUGAGCAGCAUUGAGGAAGAGUUUGGCAAGUACAAAAAGGGGGCGCAGACGUACCCUUUAACCCCGCCUCCAGGCCUGCAGCUUAACAUGAAGCCCCUCCCUCAGCGCUUUCUCCACCGGUCCUGGCGCCAGAAGAGGUCAUCCAUUCUUAAGCCCCUCCUUAUCCGGCCCACCAGCAACAUCGGUACCAACUGCCCGUUUCCUAAAACUGUUGCCAAAAUGCCCAGCCCUGACCCCUUCCCUAUUGGACUGUAUGCCAGGGUGUCCAGUCUGGUUCAGCCGCAGCCAGCCGUGCAGGGGCUUGUGGGAAUACAUCCUGCUGACGUGCCCGCUGGGGGUAAAUCCCAGGAAGUGCGUGCCACCUUGCCCUUUGCUGCCAGGCCCUCCCGCCUACACCCUCCGCCCGUGGCCCCCGUUCCUAUCGCUCCAGCCAAAGUGCUGCAGCCUGCAAUGUUGAACCAAAGAGCUCGUAGGCUAUUGGGUGGCAUGACCAGGAGGAGAACUGCAGUCCGAAACCCCGCCAUUAAAGCUGCCCCCCUAGUUCAUUCUGCCCCUGUUAUUUUUGCAGUGCCUAGUGCCACUUUAAAGCUGGUGAGUCUUGGAUCUCCAUGUGGUGUGAUCCAGCCAAUCAGCAGCCGGGGAGGAGUCCCAGUCACCACACUACUGCUCAACCCCCCUCCGGUCCCUGUAAGCCAGACCCUUGUCCCCUCUGCCCUCAGCCAGACCCCCCGCGCUGAGCCAGAAAGACUUGUCGGGGGCGACACGACAGAGGGGCAAGUGCAAAGUGAAGGGGGCACCACCUUUAAAGAAGAGGAUGAGUGGGACUGCGUCUCCAUUACUAUCAAGGUGAAGGAGGAAGGGGGCCUUGUCCCUGGGGGGCACACAGACUGUGGGGGAGAAGGUACCUCAGCAGCAAGUCAUAUUAAAAAAGAGAGAGUGUCCCCCUUCAGGCCAGGGGAAAAGCCCCCUCAAAAGGAAAACUGCCCUUUUUAUCUUACAGAAGUUCCCCUGGAACCUGGUUCUGAAUAUGACCCCCCAGAAUGUGAGCAGCGAGGGGGGGCGCAGACUUGUGAAAGUGGCUCCGGGCUGUGUGAGCAGCAGGGUGGGCAGGGGCCCCGGGAGUUGGGGGAUGAGGGGCAAGCUGUAGGGCACGCAUCUGGAACCCAGGAGCCUUCAGGGUCCUCUGCAGGUCAGAGACACAGGGACCACACUCUGGGUAAGGAAGGCAAAACCAAAGAGAACCAUGGGAACAGAUCCAGCCCCUCCCCUGCUGGGCUUGGGGCGGAGCCUGAUGAGAAGGAAGAGACUGAAGAUGUAGCUAUGGAGGAAGAGGACGGGGGCAACGAGACCCAGAAUCCUGAUGCCGCCGAGUCUCCAAAAAACACUUCCUCAUCCACCGACGGUGACGUGGACAUAAGCAGUCCGGCGGGGACGCCCCUCGACUCCUCCAGCCCCUCGGGUCGCCCCGAGAGUGCCAACGACAAAGAUGGCCCUGAAGAGGAAGAGGAGGAAGACUUUGAUGAUCUCACACAGGAUGAGGAUGAAGAAGAAAUCUCCUCAGCGUCGGAGGAGUCUGUUCUGUCUGUGCCAGAGCUCCAGGAGACCAUGGAGAAGCUGACGUGGUUGGCAUCGGAGCGGCGCCUCAGUCAGGAGGGAGACUCGGAGGAGAACUCCCAGGAGGAAAACUCUGAGCAGGAGGAGGAAGAGGAGGAGGAGGGCGAUGAAGGCAUUGAACCAUCCUCACAGAAAGAGGAAGAAAUGACGGAUGAAGUGGCCGAAGGGGGUACCGAGAGUGCCCAGAGUCACCUGUGCCCCACUUUGCCCAUGCCUGUGGAGACCAGGGCAGUUCCUGCAGGUGAAAGGCGCAGGGGCAGCAGCAGGGGCCCCGGAUCUCACCGGGUCCGAAGCAGAAGGGGGCGGGCCCGAACCAGCAAAGAUGCCUCCAAACUGCUGCUUCUCUAUGAUGAGAACAUCCUGGCUAAGGAUCCCCUCAGGGAGCAGAAGGACAUGGCGUUUGCCCAGUGCUACCUUACCCGGGUACGGGAGGCGCUGCAGUACGCGCCGGGGCGCUACGAGGAGUUCCUGCAGCUCAUUUACCAGUUCGAGAGCAGCCGGCGAGAGCGCACCGCCGUGGAUCUGUACGAGAGGCUCCGCGGGCUCCUUCGGGAUUGGCCACAGCUCCUCAGGGAUUUUGCUGCCUUCCUGCUCCCCGAGGAAGCCCUGGAGUGCGGAUUGUUUGAGGAGCAGCAGGCAUUCGACAAGAGCCGCAAGUUUCUCCGCCAAUUGGAAAUCUGCUUCAUGGAAAACCCCGCCCAGCAUCAGAAGAUCAUCAAACUGCUCCAGAGUUGUGCUGAGUGCCCCCUACAGGAGAUAACCAAGCUCAAGGCACAGAUGUGGCAGUUGCUGAGGGGCCACAAUCACCUCCAGGAUGAAUUCUCCAUGUUCUUUGACCAGCUGAGGCCGCCGGCGAGUCGCCUCGGGGAGUUUGAAGUCAUGACUUGGACAGAGGACAAAGAGUACAAGUUUGAUGGCUAUGAAGAGGUGACUCUGCCAGAUGUGGAAGAGGAAGAAGAGUCGGGCAAGGUGGCAGCACCCCGCACUAAGAGAAAGAAGGACCAAGACAAAGAGGGCGAGUGGCAGGAGUGCUCCUGUUUGUGCCACGAGGGCGCCACUGAGCCGCGCCUGAAGAGGAGUAAGAGGAGGAUUUGCACCCAGUGCAGCACUAAGGUGUGUGACAGCCGCGCCCAACGGGCCAGAGACCCCCCUGAGGUAAUGGCAGGAGGGCUGCCCCGCUCACUUCGGCAGGGUCCAACCAUGAAGGAAGUGGGUAAGUGUAACCAUGGAAACAUGCUGCCCAGCUGGAGCUCCGUCACUAACUGCUCCUGUCUCUCAGCUCCAGGGGAGGGCGCUCUCCCACCCAGGGACACACAGGACAGACUGUCUGCGGAGCUGCCUGUAGGGCAGAGGGGCAGCAGCGACACCAGCGGGUCAAAUAGCAACAUGGCGGGGGCCCAGAGAGCUCGCGGAUCCACUCACAGCCGAGCUCCAUCGGUGCCAGGCAGUACUUCUCUUGGCAAACCCAGACCCGGUACCAGAGACUCUCCCCGCACCCCUGCUCCCCCCCAUCCCAGGAGCAGCCGCAGGCCUCUGUGCAUGAAGGACCCCGACCAGCCGCCCAAUAAACUGCUGCCGAGUAGCACUGCACCCCCCCGGGAGCUAAACCCUCCUGUACCCAGUGUGAGUGAGCAGAGCCUAGCCUCCAUUAUCCUCUGCUCCACCCCAAGCGCUGGUCCUGGUACCGACCCACUCGAUCCAAACAGCAAGGAAAGUCCCGACCCCGACGAACAGACCUCCACCGUGUGCGCCAAGAACAUCACAGUCAGCUCCAGCGGCGAGAAGGUCAUUCUCUGGACCAGGGAGGCCGACCGAGUGAUCCUCACUAUGUGCCAGGAGCGGGGGGCCCAGCCGGACACAUUUGCCGAUAUCUCCCAGAGUCUGGGGAACAAGAGUGCGGAUGAGGUGUCCCGGCGCUUCCAGGACUUGGUGUCGCUGUUCCAGACGGCCUGCGUUACCAGCUCCGAUGAAGAGGAGGAAGCAGGAAGUACCGCGGAAUUGCUGUCGGACCAGGAAGUGGAGGACUAGCAGCGCUUGCCUUUAUUUUGAAAGGAAGGACUUUGGGGUUCAGCCCCCUGUGGCCGCAGGAUCGGACUUGUGUGGGGGGGCAGGUUAGUGUGUGUGUGUGUCUGGGGGGGUAGGUACCGGGGUGUUGUGUACAGAGGCCCAUACCUUGCAUUAAAUGCAUUCUGCCCUACAGGAAUACUUCCCCUUUACCAAUCACA